ACCGACACGAUGGACACUGGUGACGACGUGAGGGAAAAUGUGAAGAAAUACUAUGGCAGUCUCCUGGAGUCCACUGUGGAUGUGAAGACAAGUGCGCCCUCCUGCAGCUUGUCCUGCGGCAUGGUGAAGAGUGUGACAGAUGCACUGAGCCUGAUUCAUCCGGAGGUGACAAAAAAAUUCUUCGGCUGUGGUCUUCCCUUUGCAGCAAAGCUUGAAGGCUGCAGAGUCCUGGACCUCGGCAGCGGCUCCGGCAGAGACUCUUACGCCUACAGUAAACUUGUUGGACCCACCGGACAUGUGACAGGGAUAGAUAUGACUGAGGAGCUGAUCAACACCUCUCGUCAGUACAUUGAGUAUCAUCAGAAGAAGUUUGGCUAUAAAGAGCCCAACGUCACGUUUUCCCAGGGAUACAUGGAGAAGCUCAGCGAGGCCGGCAUACAAAAUGACUCAAUGGAUGUUGUGCUAUCCAACUGUGUCAUCUGUUUAUGUGCUGAUAAAAGAGCAGUGCUACAGCAGGCCUACAAUGUCCUGAAGGAGGGAGGUGAGCUGUACUUCAGUGACAUGUACGCCAGCAAAGUCGUUCCUGAUCACAUGACGAAAGAUGUAGUCCUGUGGGGUGAAGGAUUGGGCGGUUCCAUGUAUUGGCAGGAUUUUAUUACAUUGGCCCAAAGCAUUGGUUUCAGCACCCCACACCUUGUUUCAGCGAGCCGCAUUGUGAUCUACAACUGUGAGCUCAAAGAAAAAGCAGGCGACAUCAGCUAUGCUUCUGUCACUUACCGACUCUUUAAGCUGCCAAAAAAUGCGGUCCUGUCUGCAGCAACAGUGACCUAUAAAGGGACCGUGGUAGAUUUCCCUGAUCAGCUGGACUUUGAUUCCUCUCACAGCUUCAAGAAAGAUGUGGCAGCGGAGGUAGACGAAGAGAUGGCAGCAAUCCUCCAGAGUUCCCGUUUCAUCACGGAUUUCCAAAUCCAGAUGUCAGAUAGACCAGCUCAGUCCAGCUCGGCUUCAACACAGCAGUACUGCCACCUCAAUCCAUUCCUGCUGGCUGACAAACUUGGAUCCUCACAGAAACAAUGUUCCAAAACAGGCAAAUAAAGAUGAAGCUGCAUCCUGUGUUAGCAUAACAACGGUACAGAAAUAAAUACUAAUCAAAUGUUUUUAGAAUAGGUAAGCUGAUUUUGGGACAUUAUAGAUGGAUCAUUUUUAUCGCGUAACUUUCAGAUUUUUUUGAACAGAACAUUAAUACUCUAAUGAUUAUUAUAAGGGUCCACAAACAAAAAUAGCACAUUUGUACUAAACCAUAAAAGCUAAUUCACAAAGUCAUACAUGUUUUUUUUCUUACUAGUCGGUAUUGAUGUUUUAUGUAGCAGAUGCUCAACUACAUAAAGUUGAAAAAAAAAAAAAGAUUCUGUGUAAAAAUCUUCUGCUUACUUGUAUAAUUUUGUCAUCCUGCACCAUAAAACUGUGACAGGUAUAAUUCAUUACACAUGUUUAUUGUGUAAUUAUUAACAGUCAGGGUGUGGUUUAUAAAACAUUUACUUACAACUCUUACUCAGCAGAAAAAGGUUCAGUAAGAUAGAACGAGGACAGAACAGAGUCCAAACCCUCGUGAACAAAAAAAGUGGAAACCAACAUCCGAACACAAACUCUGAUCCCGAUGUUUUAGAAAAGCAAACGUUUAAUCAUGUCUGAAGAACAAUGGUUUGCAUUUGUUGUAAAAUAAUUUAAAAAAGCAACAAACAGAAAUAAUUGCAUCCCAUACAGCACCAUUAGUCUCUACAGUAAACAUAACACAAAUAACUAUUGGUCUUAAAACUCUAAAAGAUUGGUCUAAUACCCGGAGGUAAGUAAAGUACCACAACACAUGCAGACUUAAACAAAUAAGAGCUUAAAAGAAAGUGGAAAGUCAGAACACAUGUAUCUGUGUGUAACAGUUCUAUAAUCAGUUAUAUGACUUAGACUGAACAACGGGCUACAGUUUUGCUGUAAAUAUUAAUUAUGGAUAAAAACAUUAUUGUUA